UAUCCCUCAUUUGGUCCUAAAAAGACAACCUUUGCACACUCUACAGUAACCAACCCCCUCCCCCAAAUCCACCCAUCAUUUUCUCCGUCCCCAUUUUCAGAUCAUCAAAACCCAAAAACCAAAGCGCAAAAAAAUGGAACAUCAUACAACAACAAGCAGAGCAGAAGCAGAAAGAUUACUAGGUGUUGCAGAAAAACUCUUACGGGAAAAAGAUUUCGCCCCUUGCAAAGAUUUCGCACUUCUUGCUCAAGAAACUGAGCCUUUAUUAGAAGGACCUGACCAGAUCUUAGCCAUUGCUGAAGUUCUUUUAGCUUCAACGAAACGUAUCAACAAUCACCAUGAUUGGUACUCUAUUCUUCAAAUCCAAGGUCGUACUGAAGACUCUGAACUAAUCAAGAAACAGUAUCGUCGUUUUGCUCUUCUUCUUCAUCCUGAUAAGAACAAAUACCCAUCUGCAGAUUCAGCUUUUGGUCUUGUUGCUGAUGCUUGGGCUGUUCUUUCAGAUCCAACAAAAAAGGGUCUUUAUGAUAACGAGCUUUCUCUUUUUACAAGGGUUAAUUUGGCUCCAACUAGAGGUAGACCAAGAGGACCAAGAGGUCCUUAUAAUAAACAGCAGAAAAAACCAGAUGAGAAGUUGCCUGUGAGGAGGAGUAGUCGGGCCAGCGGGUCCGGGUCGGGUCAAAAUCAGAACCCCAGCCCGAGUCCGGUGAGCCAGAGGAGCUUUCAGAGUGGGUCGGUUCAAAACCCGAACCCGGGUCCAGCUAAGAUGGCGACACCGGUGAGUGGUGGGAUGAGAGGGCAAAGUGUGGUGAAUUUGUGGACAGCUUGUCCUUAUUGUUAUAAUUUGUAUGAGUAUCCUAGGGUUUAUGAAGGGUGUUGUUUAAGGUGUGAUAGAUGUAAGAGAGCUUUUACUGCUACUGAGAUUUUGUCAAUGCCACCUUUGGUGCCUGGGAGAGAAGCUUAUUAUUGCAUUUGGGGUUUUUUUCCAAUGGGUUUUGUGAAUGGUGAUUUGGAGAAUUUGGGAAAUGGGAAAAGUGCUGCUAAUGCUGCUGCUGCUGUUGGUGCAUUUCCUACUUGGAUGCCACCUAUGUUUUCAUCUGAGGGGAAUGUGAAUGUUGCUAACCAAAAUGCUACUCCAACACCGGGUCCUGUUCCGGUUUCGGCUGCUGCUCCGGCUUCGGUGCCAGCUCAGCCUCGGCCUCAGGCUCCUGCUGCUGCUCCGAGACCGGUGUCAACAGGAGCUAAGAAAAGAGGUAGGCCUAGGAAGUAUGCCUAAAAAGGAUUCAUGUUUAUGGUUUCUAAAAUGAAUUGCCUCAAGAAUUAAUGUUUAGUGAUCGAGUUGAUUAGGGGGUCAUGGAGGUUUGAGGCAGAUGAAAGUGGUAAGGUUUACAUGAGCUGCCAAGAAUCUUCUUAAAUUGAAUGAUUCGAUGUCGUAGUAAGUUGAGUAGUGAGCAAAAGUAGCUGUUUUUCUUCGUUCAUGUGAAGAAGUAUAUAUGCUGACCCCAGAACUGCACAAGUGUGCUUCUUCUCAUUGUAGAAAUUGCUCUUAGCUUGUUGUUGUUAGAUGUCUUGUGUUUGUAGAAAUUUCUCUUGUUGGUAGAUUUCCGGGGUUUGUAGGUACUAUAUUUAUUCAAUUUUCAGGUUUGUAGUUGUUGACUUGGUUGUAGUUGAAUGAUCUUUUAUUUCAAACUUCUAAAUUCUCUUA